AUGGGAAAGAAAGGUUUAAAGAGGAAGCAGAAGUCCGAAGAGGCCACUAUCGAAGAAACUCAAGUGGUCUUGCCUCGCGUGCGACAAUCCGACGAGCCGAUCGCAAAAAAGGCCAAAUGGAUAAACAGAGAACGGGUUCUAGUUUUUGCCACUCGUGGAAUAAGCUUUCAGCAUCGCCAUUUGAUGAAAGAUAUUAUCAAAAUGUUGCCCCACGCUAAAGCAGCCAACAAAAUGGAACGCAAAGAAAACCUCUUUGUAGUGAAUGAGAUGUGCAAAAUGGUACAUUGUAAUAAGUGCAUUUUGUUUGAUGGUAGACUUCAAAGAGAUUUGUAUAUGUGGUUUUCAAAUUCUCCAAAUGGUCCGAGUAUCAAGUUUAACGUAGAGAGUAUAUUUACGAGUGCCGAACUGAAAUUAACUGGAAAUUGCUUGAAAGGAUCUCGUCCAAUAUUGUCGUUUGACCAUUCGUUUGAUGAGCAUCCACAAUAUUCAUUGUUGAGAGAGAUGUUUGUUCAAAUUUUUGGCGUGCCUAAUCAUCAUCCCAAAAGUCAACCAUUUGUUGAUAAUGUAUUAAAUUUUUCUGUAUUGGAUAAUAGAAUAUGGUUUAGAAACUAUCAAAUAUUGGAUGAAAAUGGUGCAAUAGCUGAAAUAGGACCAAGAUUUGUGUUGCAACCAAUUCGUAUUUUCAAAGGAAGUUUUUGCGGUGAAACCCUUUGGGAAAAUCCAUUUUAUGUUACUCCUGCAAAAACAAGACGAUUAUUGAGAGAUAGUAAAAAAGAUAAGUAUACAAAUAAUAAAAUCCAACGUAAAGCAAAGAAGACCAAGGAAUUACUUGCACCAUUCCGCGUCAAACCAGAAAAUGAGAUUUUCAAGGACGGCAGCAUUAAAGAAAAAGCUAAAAAAUUAUUAAUACGAAACAAAUAAACUUUCAAUGUUCAAUUAUAA